AUGAUGGCGACGAAACGGGGCGGCGGCGGCGGCGGUCUUGUCUCGGCCUCCGCCGGGGCGGCGGCGGAUUACUCCUUGCUGGUGGUGGUCGGGGUGGUCGGGGCGCGGCGGGACGGGGACCACCUCGAGCGGCUGUUGCUGCAGAUCGAGUCGGGUGUGCGCUGCUGGCGUGUCCCAAUUACGUUGGACGUUCUGGACCAGCAGCUCAAGCUCUUCGUGUCCCGACACUCGGCCUUCCUGUCAGAGGUGAUUCCUGGUCAGCGAACGUUGCAGCACCGCGGAGACAUUCUGGAUGCGCAAGUGUUGUUGAAUCCAGCUCACGAUCUGGUCUGCUCGGAGGUGCGCCGGCUGCUGUGCGAGCCGUCUCGACACAAAUUGUUGGUCCUGGCCGGCCAGUGCGUGGAGGACAGCGGCGACGUGGUGCUGCAGAAAGGCCUCUUCUCCCUCGGGGACCUGAUCCGGAUCUGUUCCGACGAAGAGGUCGGACUCUCGUGGAGCUCGGCGGAUCCCGCGGCGAAGGCGAGCCUUACCCUCAGCUGUCCGAAGGUGGGCCUUUGGAGGGACCCCCCGUUGAAGGAGCACAAGCUGCGAGACUUCCUAAGCAUCCGGGUCAACCCUCCCCCAGUGCUCCCCCAGAUGGAGGGUCUGCAAGAGUUCACCGAGUACCUCUCCGAGUCUUUGGAGCCCGAGUCCCCCUUUGAGCUCCUGGAGCCCCCGAAUAGCGCCGGGUUCCUGAAACUGUCUCGGCCCUGCUGCUACAUCUUCCCCGGCGGCAGCGGGGACUCGGCCUUCUUUGCCGUGAACGGCUUCAACGUCCUCGUCAACGGGGGCUCCGACCCCCGCGCCUGCUUCUGGAAACUGGUCCGACACCUGGACAGGAUCGACUCGGUGCUGGCGACGCACGUCGGCGUGGACAAUCUCCCCGGGCUGAACAGUCUGCUGCUGAGAAAAGUCGCCGAGCGGGAGCGGGACUCGGCCGCGGGGGACCGGGAGCUCAUCUCCCCGGAGAUCGGCGUGUUUUUCCUCAACGCUCCGGAAGGAGCCGAGGCCGCCCCGGCCCAUCCCGCCGAGCUCCGCGGCGCCGACCAGGGCGCGCUGAUCUUGGAGCGCUUGGAGCAACUCUCUCUCAAAGCGCGGCCUUUGUCUCGCUCCGACGGGCCCUCCGUCGAGCCGCUGGUCCUGUUCCACAAGAUGGGAGUCGGCCGUCUGGAGUUGUACCCCCUGAACCCGGUGAGUGGCGCUCAAGACUCGGAGGAGUCGUUGCGGACGGCGGCCAAAAGCGGCGCCCCGGGGAGCCCGGCGCUUCCGUCGGCGUGCCUCACGUCCAUCUGCGCUUUGCUGGUCUGGCACCCUUCCGGCCACCGCGACAAGAUCGUCCGAGUCCUUUUCCCGGGAUGCGCGCCGCAGGCCAAAAUCCUGGACGGACUCGAAAGACUCAAACGAUUGGACUUUCUCGCCGUUCCCGAGUUCCGUUCCGAGGACCCGGAAAGACACCGAUCGGAGAAAUCGCCCGAGCGCGCCCAGAGCCGCCAAAGCCCCAAGUCCCGGGAGCCGCGGGUCGUCGCCGCCUCCCGCGAGGACCGUGGCGGGCCAGUUCCCGUCAAGAAACGGGAGGCCAAGCCCAAGGCGGCGGGAGAGGCUUUGUCCAAAGAAAAAGAGCGCCGGCUCAAGUCCGACCCGGGCGGGCCUGCCGAGAAACUCCGUUCGAAGAAGGAAGCCAAAGGCAAAGACCAAAGUCUCAUCGGGGCCGUCGCUAAGAAAGAAGAAGGCCGAGAUCUGGGGAAAGACGGCACCAAAACAGAGAGAGAAAGCAAACCCCACGCUCAAAAAGACGUCAAGAAAGUGGCGGCGUCCCUUCCGAGAGAUGUGAAGAAAGCGGCCGCAGCUUCAAGCGCCCAAGUGAAAAAAUCUUCCGUCAGGAGUCUGACGUGGAACAGAGCCGCGAAAGCCGACCCCGAGCGGGAGUGCCCCAGAAAGACUCCGGAGCCCCCGAAAGACGCGAGCCGAGCCGCUCGGCGCGGCCGCGCUUCUCCGGGCUCCUCCUCUGGGCCCGAGGGGGGCGCGUCCUCGGAAGAGCGGCGAGCCCAAAGGCUUCCCCACCCGGCGGACUCAAACGGCUGCGAGCGGGAAGCCCCUUCGGCGACUGCCGCCGCCGAAGCUUCCCUCCUUUCUCGCGCUCCAUACUCCUUCCCCACCGAAGCCCGUCCGCUUCUUCUUGCGGCAUCCGCGGAGCAAAUCCCGCAACCGCCGCCAACGGAAUGGCGCUCCGACGGACAUUUGAGCCGCGAGCCGCUCAACGGUGACCUCGCGCUCGGAUCAGAGGGAGGCGGGCGCGCCGCGGCCGACUGUCCUGGCGACGUCGAUCUGUGCUUGGUUUCGCCCUGCGAGUUCUGCCACCAAACGGUGGCGGAAGCGUCCGAGAACCCGCGGCCCUUCGUCCUUUCCCGUCCGUCCUCCCGGGCAAGCUCGCCCGCAUCGGUCGGCGACUCCCUCCUCUCGGAGGUCCCGCCCGCCGCGGGGGGGGACGACGAUUGCGGCGGUGCGACUCGCUCCGUCGUUCCGGCUCGGCGUUCCUGUCCCGACCCGCCGCGGGCCCCGGUUAAGGACUCGCCCCCGUCACCUCCCCGACCGGGAGCUUGCGUGGCGGACGACCAGGUCUCGGGCAAGAGCCCCAAGACUUUGGUCGGCAAGAGCAAAAGACCGGCCGCCGCGACCUUGCAAAGGGGCCCGAGAGUCCAGACGGUCAAGUCCAAGGUCGGCGGCGCCGCCAGACCAAAAUCGGCCCCCGCCCUUGACGCAAAAGUAUCCGACCGGAUUUCGGCGGCCGGAUCCCGAAGCGGAAGCGCCAAACCCUCGGCGUCAGCGCCCAGAAGUUGCGAGGCCGCCGCGGUCCACGUGGACCUGGCCUACCUGCCGUCCGGGUCCGCCCGCUCCACCAUCGACUCGGACUUUUUCCGCCGCCUUCGCUCCUCCUACUACGUGGUGAGCGGCGAGGACCGCGCCAAGACGGCGACCGUGAGGAGGAUCCUGGACGCGCUGCUGGACGGGAAGAGCGGCUGGCCCGACGCGCAGGUGACGCUCAUCCCGACCUUCGAUUCUGCGGCCAUGCGCGAGUGGUACCGAGACACCCACGAGCGGCAGAGGCAACUGUCGGUCACGGUGUUGGGGAGCGACAGCACCGUGGCCAUGCAGGAAGAAACCUUCCCCGCUUGCAAGGUGGAGUUUUGAGUCCGGCCCGAUUUAACGGGAAGGGCACGAAGCUCCCAUCCGGCGCGUGGAAAGUCCUUCUGGCC